AGCUGGUGGAGUUCCACAAGCCAAAGCUAACCUGAAACACUUGGCAUUUGGCUAAAAGUAGAGGAAGCAUUAUUAUUCAUCCAAAGCUAAGAAACAGGUGGUCCUAGAGAUAGGAAUCUUGUGCACAAUGGAGAACUUGGUCAGGCUCUAUUAUGACUGGGAGAUUCGGCUGCUAGUGCUUCUAUGUUUUGCGAUACAGCUGUUCCUCUUCUUUACUGGUGGCCUACGCCGGCACAACAUCAAAUUGCACGUCAGGCUUUCCAUUUGGCUAGCGUAUUUGGGAGCAGACAUGGUAGCAGUUUAUGCCCUUGGCUACCUCUCAAGAAACGUGGAUGCCCACCCACUGGCUUUCUUCUGGGCACCCUUCCUCCUCGUCCACCUCGGCGGACAGGACACAAUCACCGCUUUUGCCAUGGAGGACAACAGCUUGUGGCACAGGCAUUUGUUGAAUCUUGGGGUGCAGGUUUUUCUUGCUGCAUAUGUUUUCUGGAAGUCAAUCGGAAGGCACAAUGUGGGGCUUCUUGUUUCAGGCACAUUUGUGUUUAUAGUGGGAGUAAUCAAGUACGGAGAAAGGAUAUGGUCUCUCAGGUGUGGGAAGUUUGGAAGCCUUGAGGAAUCCACUGGAGAUCAGUAUCAGUUGCCUUUUCCAUGGCUGGUUGAAAUCUUUGAGAAACUCUCUGGCCCUAUGGAAAGAGAGUUUACUAUGGAAAGAGAGUUUACUUAUUACGACACUGUUUGCUUGGGUGUGUGUUCAAUGCCAAUAGUCUUUUCUAUUUUUGUUUCUCGCAUGGGAGACGUACGGUUCAGGACUUUUAUCUAUAGAUUUCCUUGCAUGAAGCAGAACCUCAAGCUGUUGGAGAUUGGUCUUGGCAUAAUGUACGAUGAUCUCUACACCAAGGCUCUUGUGCUUAGAAAAAGGGGUGGCGUUAUACUUCGUUGCAUGACUCAUUUAUGUUCAUGGAUUGCAUUUACAGUGUUCUUCCUUGCAUGCGACAGAGGCUGGUACAGCAGAGUUGACAUAGCAAUCACCUACUUAUUAUUUGUCGGAGGGCUUUUCCUGGAAGUUUGUGGGUUGAUUAGUCUCAUGGCGUCACCAUGGACCUUGGCAUGGUUGAAGGCUCGUAGGCAUGAGAAGCUUGCCUGGCUUUCUUUGUCUCUUUUUUCCAGUGGCCUCAUUGGGCGGUGGUCAGAGAAAAGGCCACUGUGGUCCAAUGCAAUGGGACAGUACAACUUGUAUGGUUGGAUUGCGGACGACAGUGAGCAACACAAACCAAGGUCAUUUAGUCAACAAUGCAUGACCAUGGUCAUAAGGAUGGCCACAUUAUUUGGCGUUGAAAAGGAAGAAUUGUUCUGGAUCAGCAAGCUGUUGGACCGAGAGCACAUCAAGGUGGAUAGAGAGUACACCUGA